AUGGAGGGAUGGAGGGAUGGAGGGAUGGAGGGAGAGUUGAUAAAGUCAGUCUCACAGAGUUCAGACUCUCACUUCUGCCCCGCCCCGUCCUGCAGACUCACCGCCACGUGUCGUAGCUCGCCCACAGCGCCCCCUGCCUGCAGACAUGUGUGAUGACGAGGAGAGCACCGCUCUGGUCUGUGAUAACGGCUCCGGUCUGUGUAAAGCCGGCUUCGCUGGAGAUGACGCCCCCCGAGCAGUCUUCCCCUCCAUCGUGGGCCGACCACGCCACCAGGGAGUGAUGGUGGGCAUGGGGCAGAAGGACAGUUACGUAGGAGACGAGGCUCAGAGUAAAAGAGGAAUCCUGACACUGAAAUAUCCCAUCGAACACGGAAUCAUCACCAACUGGGAUGACAUGGAGAAGAUCUGGCACCACUCGUUUUACAACGAGCUGCGAGUGGCUCCGGAGGAACAUCCCACGCUGCUCACGGAGGCACCGCUCAACCCCAAAGCUAACCGCGAGAAGAUGACCCAGAUCAUGUUCGAGACCUUUAACGUUCCCGCCAUGUACGUGGCCAUCCAGGCCGUCCUGUCUCUGUACGCCUCAGGACGCACCACAGGUAUCGUGCUGGACUCUGGCGAUGGCGUGACCCACAACGUGCCGAUCUACGAGGGCUACGCUCUGCCUCACGCCAUCAUGAGGUUGGACCUGGCGGGCCGCGACCUCACCGACUACCUCAUGAAGAUCCUGACGGAGCGCGGCUACAGCUUCGUUACCACGGCGGAGAGGGAGAUCGUGCGGGACAUCAAGGAGAAGCUGUGCUACGUAGCGCUGGACUUUGAGAACGAGAUGGCGACGGCGGCCACCUCGUCCUCGCUGGAGAAGAGCUACGAGCUGCCGGACGGACAGGUCAUCACCAUCGGCAACGAGAGGUUUCGCUGCCCUGAGACCCUGUUCCAGCCGUCCUUCAUCGGCAUGGAGUCGGCAGGGAUCCACGAGACGACCUACAACAGCAUCAUGAAGUGUGACAUCGACAUCCGUAAAGACCUGUACGCCAACAACGUGCUGUCUGGAGGAACCACCAUGUACCCCGGCAUCGCCGACCGCAUGCAGAAGGAGAUCACAGCGCUGGCACCCAGCACCAUGAAGAUCAAGAUCAUCGCGCCCCCAGAGAGGAAGUACUCGGUGUGGAUCGGCGGCUCCAUCCUCGCCUCCCUCUCCACCUUCCAGCAGAUGUGGAUCAGCAAGCAGGAGUACGACGAGGCCGGGCCGUCCAUCGUCCAUCGCAAGUGCUUCUAGAAACCCCCGCAGACGCCACCCCCACCCCCCUCUUCGCCCACGCCAUCUUACCCUAGCAACAACAGAUCCCCCAAAAACACCCCGCAGCAGGAAGCAACCCAGGGUCUCUGGUGUAUAAGAAGAUGCUAAAGAAAUGUUUUAUUUUGAAAAGCUAAAAGUCAAAGGGGAAGUGAUGUCGUCAGGGCUUUAAAUCAACACUAGUGGUGCACGAUAGGUCGGUUUUAAUCUUCGAAGAAAAUAUCAGCAGAAAAUGUAACGCUCAUUCUGUUUUAAGUGCUGCCUUUUAUAUUCAAUCCAAUGUUCAGUCUGUUCAAUAAAAGAAAGGUAGAAAUGAUUUCCUGUCAUUAGUUUUAAACUCAACAAGCAGUUUGUUGUAUUUUAGCAGAAUACCGAAAGCAGCCGAACUGAGAACACUAGUAUCUGGUUAUAUAUCGCCAUAUUAUGGUCUGUUUUCCUCGUAGCGUGCAGCUCUAGUUGACACACACCAACCCACCAAAAUGUGGGUAAAAACGUGAAACAUUCUAAAGUUAUUAGUCAGUUUGUCCGGUGAUGAAUAAAGCGAAUAACUCAGCGUCUGUUUGGAUCGGCCAGCUGCAGAAAUGUUUCCAGAUUGGUCCGUUUCCCGCCAAGAAAUCUGGUCGGUUUUGUGUGUAAUCUUUAUCUGGCCAACGCUGCUCGUAGCUCUAAUACUACAUUUCCCAUGAACACCAGCAACCAUCGGCUACGUGUCGGCGCGCGGUAUCGAUUACGAGCUAUGCUAAAACGGAGAAUAUGAACGGUGGAGAACGGCGGGAAAUAAAUAGGGUUGGGUACCGACCGGUAGGAAUCGGGCCGGAUUAGAACGCAACUUUCAGUUCCUCAUGUCGGUUCCACUUACUGUGUCGACUGAAGUAGUUUCCCUCCGUCGCUCCGAAACAGCCGUAAAAAUACCCCCCUCUCUCUGUUGUCUACCGUUAGCUAGCUACCGUACACGUAGGCUACUUUUAAAAUGCCAUAUCUUCCCUCUGGGCUCACCAAAACACACGUAGAAGCCUUUCUUUGAUGUCGUUUUUCAGUUUUUCAAGAAGCGGAGAAUCUGAUUGGCCGGUAAGAGUCUAUGAGCCGUGUUGGCCAAUGACCCAGAGAGCUGAUUUAAAGCCCAGGAUGUUGCCCCCCCCCAACCCCGCUCACCUGAGAGCUGUGAAUGUGGUGCUUUGUCCUCCAUCUUCAAACCUCCACUCCCCCUCUUCCCCCCCCCCUCUGUCGGCCAUGUUGGUUCUGUUUGUUUUGAUUUUUUUAAAGAAUGAAAGCUUUGAUGUUACAUGCCCCCCCCUCCCCCGGCUGGUGUUAUCUUCACGCAGCGUAAUGAUGAUGUCACAGCUGUUGAACUCUGGGUAAAACCAGUCGAGUGUGUGAUGGAAGUGACAGAAGACGAAUAAAGAAGCUCUGAAACCAGA